AUGGGAUUCGAGUUGGACCGAUUCAAAGGCACCGUGGACCCGGAUUUUAAAUGCAACUUGUGCAACAAAGUCCUGGAGGAGCCGCUGACUACCCCGUGUGGUCACGUCUUCUGCUCGGGCUGUGUGCUGCCCUGGGUCGUCCAGCAGAGCAGCUGUCCAGUUAAAUGUCAACGCAUCUCAGCCAAAGAGCUCAACCACGUUUUACCCCUCAAAAACCUUAUUCUAAAGCUGGAGAUCAAAUGUGACAACCACGCGAGGGGCUGCGACGCCGUGGUCAAACUCCAGCACCUGGCAGAGCACACGGAGAUGUGCGAAUUUGCCCCGGUGCCCUGCAGGAACCGGGGCUGUGAGGACGUGCUCAGCCUGCGGGACCUGGGUGCACACAUGCGGGACACCUGUGAGCACAGACCCGCGGGGAUCUGUGACAGCGGCUGUGGAUUAACCCUCACACACAAGGAGCACAGGCUCCAGAGCCACUGCUGCGUGCGAGCCCUGAAGGCGCACAACACCGCUCUGCAGUGCAAGAUCAUCAGCCUGGACCGGGAGUUUAAGAAGGAGACCAUCCAAGCCAACAAGAGGGAGAAGGCUCUGCUUGCACAGCUCUCCGCCGUGCACAGCGAGCUGCAGAUGACAGCACUCAAGUACCAAAAGAAGUUCACGGAGUACAGCGAGAGAAUCGACUCCCUCACCAAAAGUGUGGCUUUCUCCUGCAAGGAGAGCGAGACUAAGAGCGUGGCAGUGGUGCUCCUUCGUGAGGGUGGAACUUUGGGGUUUAACAUCGUAGGAGGAAGGCCGUGCGCGGAAGAACACGACAGCAAUGAGGGUAUCUAUGUUUCCAAGAUAGUGGAGAAUGGUCCAGCGGAUAAAGAGGACGGCCUUCAAAUCCACGACAAAAUCCUUGAGGUUAAAGUGACAAUUCAGCGGGCUCCUCAGGACUCCAGGCCAAACUGGGUCUUCAGUGGGUCAGCCGCUGAUGUGCACAGAGAUUAG